AUGAGUGAUAUCGUAAGUGACAAUGAUGAGGAAAUGAAGGAAGCAGCGGAGCCGAUCGAGGCGACCGACCACUAUGAAGAUUUAGAGCGGAAUGGGGCCGUUCAAGCCACGAUUUCCGCCCCGCCGUCAACACUUCAGCAGUCACAUGUACCACGCACCUCAACCAGCGCUGACCCGGCGGCUGGAAGGGGCGUUAUCGGGAGUUCCACAGCUCUGGCGUUGCGGGACUCUCCACGAGCAUCUCAAUCGGGCGCUCCUACAACGAGGACUAACGUCUUGGCACCAGAUGACCGCGAAAAGAAGGCUGUGAUUUAUCGAAACAAACCCACUGCUCUGGUAAUAAAAAAAGGCAGCAGCAACAACGACAGGCUGCUCCUCGAAGCAGGUCCGGACAAGGUAUUGCAACUCGAGAGCAGCACGACGUGGCAGGUAAUGUGGCUAGAUUUAGCGUCGGAAUGGCCAAAGCAGUCGAAGGUCGUUUUUCCCACAGUUUACAGUUCGCCUGCGCAGUGGGUUCAAGCGGCGAAAGUGAUAUCGAGACUCCUUCUCCGAAUGAUUCAACGAUUUCCGCAUAAAAGUGCAUUAUUGACGAUCUUGAGUGAUGAAACCGUAUAG